AAUUAAUCAAUUCAUCAUAUUAAAAAUGCAUCUUAAUUAGCUGAACUGCAAUCACGACUCAUGAAGCAUGACAGAUGAUGGAGACAUUGCUGUUGUUGGCAUUGGAUGCCAUUUUCCUGGAGGUGAAGGACUUGAACAUUUCUGGAAGGUCCUACUUCAGGGCAAGAAUUGUACAGUGCAAAUACCAAAUGAAAGGUUUGACCUCUCUGAGUGGUACGAUCCAGAUGACAGUAAGGCAGGAAGAUCAUGCACAGCAAAAGCAGCACUUAUUGAUGGUUUAAAUGAGUUUGACCACAAGUUCUUUGGCAUCACUGAAGCUGAAUCAAUAAACAUGGACCCUCAACACAAACUUCUGCUGAAGUGCACAUACAGAGCACUAGAGGAUGCUGGAAUGCCAAUGGAAAAGGCCAGUGGAACUAGAACAGGAGUGUUUUUGGGUCUAAUGAACAGAGACUUUGAGUUGAGCAGUAUAAAGGUCAGCCCAAAACACAUAGACCACUCCUUUGGUACUGGUAGUGCUAUGAGCAUAGCUGCCAACCGCAUCUCCUACAUAUUCAACUUUACUGGUCCCUCAAUUUCCAUUGACUGUGCCUGUUCCUCAUCACUUGUUGCCCUUCAUUUAGCAUGUCAAGCCAUAAGACAAGAUGGCUGUGAAAUGGCAAUGUGUGGAGGUGUGACUUGCAUAUUAGAGCCAACUGUCUUUGUGGCUCUCACCAAGGCAAAGAUGAUCUCCCCUGAUGGCACCAGUAAACCCUUUAGUAACAAAGCAGAUGGCUAUGGAAGAGGUGAAGGCUGUGGCAUUAUUCUGCUAAAACCUUUGAAAAAAGCUCUCCAAGACAACGAUCAUAUUUGGGGCAUCAUCAGCAAAACUGCAGUAAAUCAAGAUGGCCACACUGUUACCCCAAUCACCAAGCCAUCCAUGCUACAGCAGGAGGAGCUGCUUAGAAAAAUCUAUUCAAAAGAUUCUGACCUGACCAGUGUUCAGUACAUUGAAGCUCAUGGAACUGGGACUCCAGUUGGAGAUCCAAUAGAGGCAGGUAGUAUCUCAAAAGUAAUUGCCAAAAUGAGACCUCAUGAGUCAGGACCACUCCUCAUUGGUUCUGUUAAGAGCAAUAUUGGACAUACAGAAUCUGCAGCAGGAGUUGCUGGGCUUAUAAAGGUUCUCUUGAUGAUGAAACAUGAAACCGUUGUGCCUUCAGUGUUCUAUUCACCAGAAAACUCCAGCAUAGAUGCUAAAUCUCUCAAUCUAAACAUCCCAACAACAGCAGAGAAAUGGGUCAGUGAUGGCAAUGGGAGGACUGCAGGAAUCAAUAACUUUGGGUUUGGUGGAACAAAUGCACAUGCAAUUGUCAGACAGUAUGUGCAGUCAAAAAAAACAAGUGCUCAGCUCAGUAAAUCACAUCAGUAUUUUGUGCUUUCCGCAGCCUCAGAAAAAUCCAUGAAAAAUAUAAUUGAAGACACUGCUAAACAGAUAAAUGAACAAAACAUAUCAGAUCUACAGGCUUUAGUGUACACAUCUGCCUGUCGAAGGAGUCAUUUGAAACACAAAUAUAGGAAAGUCUUUCAGACAUCAUCCUUGAUAGAUCUAAAAGAGAGACUGACUUCUGCUCUGGAGAAAAAUUUUAAACCAUCAAAGCCAGACUCCAAGUUAGUUUUUGUCUUUUGUGGAAAUGGUGUGGCGUAUCGUGGUAUGUGCAAGCAGCUCCUCAAAAUGGAACCUGUUUUCAGACAAGAAGUCAUUAAGAUUGAAACUAUGAUGCAAAGCUACAGAAGUUUGAACCUGAUAGAGAGGUUGGAAAGUGAAUCUGACACCAGUGAUGAUUUCUCUGAUCCACAGAUUGUCCAGCCUCUCUUGUUUGCUAUUCAGGUUGCUCUUGCCAUUCUUUUGAAACACUGGGGCAUAAGUCCUGAUGCUGUUCUCGGGCACUCCAUUGGAGAGGUUGCUGCAGCUCAUUGCUCUGGUUUGUUGUCACUUGAGGAUGCAGUAAAGGUCAUCCACUAUCGCAGUUCUCUCCAAAGCACUGUGACAGGAGGGAAAAUGCUUGUUGUCAGCAAUAUGGCUGUGACUGAAGUCUUGAAAAACCUUCAAUCUUACUCAGGAAGGGUUUGUCUGGCUGCUUUCAACAGCCCACAGUCAUGCACCCUUUCAGGAGAGGCAGAUGACAUUGACAGAUUGCAUCAAAAUUUGAGCAACUCACCCAGAGGAAAAGAUCUGUUCCUCCGCAUUCUAGAUGUACCUGCUGCAUAUCACAGCCACAAGAUGGAUCCCAUUGUAUCCAGAGUGAAGGAGAGCAUAGGCUCAUUACAGGCACACGGUCUGGAGACAGAAUUGUUCUCAACAGUCACAGGUGAAAGUUCAUGUUCCUCUGAUUUUAUUACUGGUGAAUACUGGGCAAGAAAUAUCCGGGAGCCAGUUACAUUUGAACAAGCUGUAAGGUCAGCAGCUAAAAACAAGAGGAAUGUGAUCUUUGUUGAGAUUGGUCCAAGAAGAUCUCUUCAGAGGUACAUCACUGAGACUCUGGGAAAUGAUGUUACUGUGCUUCCCUCAGUGCAGCCAGAUAAAGAUCAUGAGACAAUGCUUGCUAACGUGUCCAAACUGUUUGAGCUUGGGGUCAGUGUGGACUGGGAAAUGUUCUACAAAGGUUUUGAAACUGAAUCAAUUCCCUUCCCGAGGUACCACUUUGACAGUGUGAGAAGAGAUGUCUUUCCUUCUACUUUGCAGUUGGUUGGUGCCAUCAGAAACCAUCCAGUAAUUACACAAACGAGUUCAGACAGCCCAGUGUUCAACUGUGAUUUAUCCUCAGAUUCAGUCGCGUUCCUGCAGGACCACAAACAUAAUGGUAUUGCCAUCAUACCAGGGGCAUUUUAUGCUGAGCUGGGUUUAGCAGCUGUCAUGACAUAUGUAAAACCUAAGGUUCCACUCAGUUCACUGCACCUCAGCAUCACAUUUAAGAGUCCAUUCGUAUUCACUCCGAAUGCACCAGACAUAAAAAUACAGCUGGAUCCAUCAGACAAUUCAAGAGAGAAAACAUUUAAUUUCAAAAUUCAAUCUACCUCUGCAAUCUAUGCAUCUGGCUUAGUAGAAGCAAAACCCGGCAGAGUACCUGAAGAGCAGUUCAUUUCCCUGGACUCUGUUUUCAAAAGAUGCACAUUCAUCAUGAGUACUGAGGAGCUUUACAAACACCUUAAUCAGACAGGAUUUGAGUAUGGCUCUGUCUUCCGAAAUAAGGCAGAUGUUUAUUGUGGAGAAGAAUUUAGGGAGUGUAUAUCUUUUCUGAGAAUCCCAAAGGAAUUAUUGCCCGAGCUUCAUGACUAUUACAUUCAUCCCGUGGUCUUAGAUUAUGUCAUGCAGCUUAUUACUGGAACUAUAAUACAAGGGCAUUCACCAAGACCUCACUUUCCAGCACAAAUAGGUGGCCUGACUGUAUUUGAACCACUGCAAGAGGAGAUGGUUGUAUAUUUGAGAGCAAUGCAUGUGGGUGAAGAUUAUUUUGAAAUUUGUGGCUGCUUGACCAACAAACAGGGCAAGGUUUUGAUUGAGCUCAGGCAUGUGAAGAUCAGAAUGCUUGGAAGUCAUUAUCGGGUAGUUGAGGAAUACUUCUACCACAAUAGCUUCAGUAUCAUCUCUGAAGAUGCCACACCUGAUAAAUCAAUCAAGGCAUUGGUCUUUUCUGAUGAGGUAGGGAUCUCUGAAGCUUUGCAAAUGUACUUGGACCCAACAUCUAGAGAUAUAUCUUCAUCACACAGCAACACACUGUUGGAAUGUGGACUUGAACCGGUUUUGUCAAAACUGAAAAUAUCAAAUGUGAAGAAAAACUUCCAGGAACUUUUGUUCUUGUGGGGUGUUGCAGACCUAACCCUCUACAAAUCAGAGGGUGUCUUGGACAGCAUGGCAGGGUGUUGUGAGAUUUUCAGAAAGAUCACUGGAUAUCUCAAAGUUAUUAAAUUCCCAGGCGUUAUCAGAGUAAUAACCCAUAGGUCCUCAGAGAGUUUAGUGGACUAUAUCAGUCCUGGCUUUGUGUUGUUAGGCAUGACAAGAGCCUGUGCAGCAGAGUUGUCAGAACUCUCCUUCCAGCUGAUUGACUUGGGCUCCGUCUCUUCUGAAGACAUCAGCGCAUUGGCUGAGGUCCUAAGAUCGUACCCCUGUAGCAAAUAUCCAGAGCUGGUGGUUAAGGAUGGCAAGAUCCUCAAACCUGAAAUCACCCACACUCCAUUGCCAGUUGUGGAAAACUCUGCAAGGAGCAUUGAUAUGUUGCAUGAUGAUGUCUUUAUCCUGCAAACAUCUGAUCCAUACACAAUGACAAAUUUAUCAGCUACUCAAAUGGAUAAAUCCCUUGAACCAAUCCCAGGAGAAAGUAUUGAAGUUCACCUCAGUAAAAUCUGUGUGCAUUCAUCAGACUACUUUCCAGUCAGCAUUUCUGACUUUAAGUAUGGCCAGACAAUGUAUUGGAACAAGCACACAACUCAAAACCAUAAGAUUCUAGCAUUUGACUGCAGUGGGAUUGUCACAGCUGUUGGUAAAGAUGUUGGCAAACUGAAAGUUGGGGAUCACAUUGUGUCAUGUUACCCUGUGGCUGCCACAUCCAAAGUUGUUCUCCCAGCAUCCGUUUGCUAUAAAACAAAAAAACUUUCAUUCCUGAAGGACAUUCCUUGUGUAUCCUACAUGGUACUGGCAUGGGAGAUCUUGCAUGGAGCUCUACCUAAAGUGAAACAACCAAAGAAAUUGUGUAUUUUCUCCCUUGUCCCUGACUCAGCACUGGUGAAAGUCUUAACUUCUACAGCAAACAGAUCAGGCUGGAAUGUAAGAGUGAGCACACAGGCUGAUCAGAUGUCUUGUGAUCUUAGUGAGGUUGAUGGAGCAGUCCUUUUCCCUCCCUUUAAUGAGAAGACCAUUGAAAAAGUUAACAAUGUCACUGGCAUCAAGGACAUUGUUCUAGUCUAUGACAACCAACCAAACUUCACUGUUAAUCCAAAAACUUACAGAGGGACAAAUUAUAAAGUCCACAUUCAUUUUCUCUUCAUGUCUCGAAUAAUGCAGCAAUCGUAUCUGCAUGUACAGAUGCCUAAAAUGUAUCGCUGGCUAAAAUCAUUGCAUUUGGGUGGAAAGUCCUUGGCUUUGGACACAACAACUUUUCAAAAAGUGAAAUCUAAAGACAGUGAGCUUCUGUCUGUAUAUGAAUCAGAAUCAUACUUCUCAUGCCAGAUUAUGCAGAUUAUUAUACUGAAGAGUGAUCCCAAGAACCAGCUGUCUGACAUUCCAGUGAUGCCCAAACAAAGUCUUUUCCAGAAAAAUGCUGUCUAUGUUGUAACAGGUGGUCUCACUGGGCUGGGGUUUGAGACAGUGAAGUUCAUCGCUCAGAAAGGAGGAGGGAACAUUGUCAUUUGGUCUAGGAGUAAUCCAAGCCCUGAGAUUCAAGAAGAGAUAAAGAAUUUGAGCAAUCAUUUUGGUUCUGUCAUUAAGUCUCUACAGUGUGAUGUUUCAUUAUUUGAGCAAGUUCAGCAGGCCAUUGCUAACAUUGGAAAAUUGCUUCCAUCCAGUCCCAUCAAAGGAGUCUUUCACAGUGCAGUUGUCCUGCACGAUGGGCUGAUUGAAAACCUUGACAAAUCUCUUUAUGAGAAAGUUAUGAGACCAAAGGUGAAUGGAGUGCUCAACCUUCACCAUGCUACUGAACACUGCAAUCUGGAUUACUUUGUGUGCUAUUCCUCCAUCUCUGCCUUCAUUGGGAAUGCCUCUCAGACAAAUUAUGCUGCUGCUAAUACGUUCAUGGACACUUUCUGUCAGUACCGCAGAAACCUUGGGCUUUCUGGACAGUCUAUCAACUGGGGGGCUUUGAAUCUUGGCCUCCUAUUGAACAAAGUGCAUUUCCAGAGAUUUCUGGAGGAAAAAGGAAUCAUGCUACUGGAAGUCCCAGAAAUUCUUGAAGGUCUUGAGCAAUGCCUCUUGAUCAACAAACCUCAACAGGUUGUCUGCAAAUUCAAUUUCAAAAACAACUGGAACAACGUCCUCAGUCUAAACAAGUCUUUGAAUGCACGGUUAUUCAAACUAACAGAGGAAGCAAUGAAGAAGGCCAAACUGACCAUAGGUAGACCUGAGCAACCCAUCACAUCACCACUUGAAUAUGUAAGGUACAUGAUCAGUGAAACGAUUGGGAUUGCGAUAGAUGAACUGAAUGAUGAUAUGCAUCUUUUCGAUUUGGGCAUUGACUCAAUGUUAGCCAUGACUCUCCGGAAUGUGAUCUUCAAGGAACGAGCUGUGAAUAUUCCUCUAGUGACUCUGCUGGAUCCAAACAGUACACUGUCAACUCUCAUUAAAAUCCUGGAAGGGAAUUGUGUUGGAGAAUAUCAGAGCGAAGAUGAGAGCACAUCCACAUACCUCUAAUGAUUAAUUUUAUGUCCUGUGGACAGAGCCAUAGUAAACAUUUCACAAAAGUGUCCGUUUUGUAAACUCUGUGAGAAAUGUAUAACACUUCUGAAGUAACUUAGACAUGGAUUUAUUUAUAUCCAUCUGCACCCUUAAAUUUAAGACAAAAAUUAAAUCUUAUAAUUAAGUCCACAAAUAGUUAAUAUUGAUCAAUAAAGCAUUUAGCAGAUCCAUUUCAUGUUGGGUAAAACUACCUUAACUUAAUUACAGAAACUUUUAAAUACACUUGAGGUUAAACAACUUUCCCAUUUAGAAGCAACUGUUAGUUCUGGGUGGCCCCUACUGGAAUUCUAUAACCAGCAGACCAGAUCAUUUUUAUAUUUACUCUUCAAAGCAUGGUCCUGUGUGAAAGAGUGCAUACUGGACAUGGUGCUUUACAUGUGUUUUCCAUAAAGAACUAAUUAAUUGUAUUCAUGGUCAUUGAUUUUCUAAAAGAUACAAAGAAAGAAAGUUAUGAUCAGUCUUUUAAUAGCUUUUUGUUUCGUAAAUUGUAAGUGCAUCUUUGUUUUUCUAGCAAAAGAGAUCACCAUGUUAGAUAACAUUUGCAAUAAGUUUUGAUCAGAGAAAGAAGUCUAUGCAUCAAAUUCUGUUUUAUAAUAUUAUCAGUAUAUUAAGCUUUGUGUUGUUAUUUUAAAUGGCCAUUUGGUUUACAAUUACACCAAUUUAGUGUUCACCCUGUAAUUAACUGUUUGAUUAAAUAUUUUCAAACCCUCAAUGACUCAAUAAAUGA